AUUCAUAACAAUUCACUUGUCACAACAGCUGUACAUAUGGAAUUGUAAUGGAAGAGAUAACAUGUGGUGAAAAGGUUUUGCUUAGUGGUGGUACUGAUGGCCCUCCAACAACACCGAGUGGCACAAGAAAAGACCGAAUAGUAUUAGCACAAUUAAAUGUUACAAGAGACACCACCAAGUUUGUAAAUGGAGCAUUUGUUGGUGCGAGGGAUGUAUUUGAGUUUGAUCCGGGGGUGAGAAUUGGAAGUGACUUGCAGUUUUUCAGUUGUUAUCAAGUAUCGUCGACACAAUUCAUCCAAUUAAAGGACGUUGAAGAAGGUGCUGGCAAAGUCCCACCACCGGUGCUUGUUCUUCAUGGUCAUUUUGGUGGCAGUGUGGGAGAUCAUCGUAGGUACGAUGCCUUCACUCUUGGAGGGCCUUACUCUUUGAGGGGUUACAACAGGAGCAGGAUUAGUGCUGCCCGAAGUAUCCUUGAGCUGGCAACUGAAUUGCGCAUACCAGUGAAGAAAUCAUAUGUAUACGGGUUUGCAGAGAUUGGGCUUGAUUUGGGGAGCUCAAUGGAGGUGCAACGGCGAAUUGCUCAUGGUUUCUCGUAUGGUGUCGGUGCCAAAGUUGGUUUAGUAAGUGCAGAGUAUUCUGUUAAGCACAACUCAGGGACUGGUGCCUUGUUUUUCAGGUUUGGAGAUAGCUAGGUUUUGAUUUGUGGUUUUUGUUAACAUGUUAUCCGGGAUUUGAAAUUCUUUUUUUUUUUUUUGGUUUUUGUUUCUAUCCCCGGUUUUGCAAUCUGGCUACAAGGAUCUCAUGUUUGAGAUGUAUCGAGAGUAGAAUAUCUCUCUCUGAUUUUAUUUGGACUUAUUUGGGAUGUAUCUACUUACUAUUUGCAAACCGACUGCCUGCACCUGAGGGAUGAAUUAUGUGUUGCUUGUUGUAUUUAACCCAUGAAGCCAAAGGAACUUGCAGUCGCAUUUUAUUCUUGUUCUGCAUUUACUAGACAAAGGCAUUAGAUUGGGAUUAGUCUCAAUGGAACAAAAAUUCCAACUUUUUGUUGUACCUAAAAGGAUUUGCUAUUGAUUUGUUUGUACAAGAAACGGUAAUUGGAACCUAAAAAGUCAAUUAGACUCUCUCGCCACAAUCGUAACAUGCUUGCUUUCUUUAGGUACUAAAACCUAAAAAGUCAAUUAGACUCCCUGUCCAAAUGUAAUUUUUAUGAAUCAAAAUAACUGUCAC